AUGGAUUCUCACAUACGUUUCAGUGAGUUUUUUUUUGUUCUGCUUCUGAAUUAUUGGAAACUUACAGCUGAUUCUAUUGGGCCUAUGACAUCGAAAAAUCAAAAUACUUUUUGUGAAAACGGCAAAUCAAAUCAGUUUUCAGCAAAUCGAUUCGAAGAGGUGAUUUUUUUAUUCUUAUCAUUUUCAAAUCAUUUUAAAGGAAAAUGUGGAUUAUCGGGAAGAUAUCGAAAAUCUCGAGUUUUAUACACCGACAGUGAGACGAGAAAGCGACAAAUUCGAAACGCCGUUGACCUCCUGGAGAUCAACAAGCACUCUCGUGAACAAAACCAACUUGACCACGCCGAUAUCUAGACCAAAGGGUUUUUCGAACCUUAUCUUUUUUGUUAAUGCGCUCAUUACAAACAUAACCUUUUAUUUUAAAAAUAAUUUCAUUCAUUCAAUAUUAUUAUUCUUGUUGGUUUGUAAAUUUACCUCCAAGAUUUUUCGUGCAUUGAGCAAAUUUCAGAUAAAUCACGAUUCUCAAACUCGAAUAGAGAAGAGUUCUUCAAAGAGACUUCGCCUUGUCCAGCAAGGAUGGUCAACAGCCCGGUAGCCAUUACAAGGAUUAUUAUAAUAACUUAUAUUGAUCCAGAAAACGAUAGACGAAUUGAGAAUGCGCAUUCUGAAGAUUCGCGGUUUUUAUGAAAUCCUGUAUGAUACGGAAGUUAUGACUCUUCGUCUUGCACAAAAGUAUUUUUUUUAUCGGUUUGAGAAAUUGAAAAGAAGUUUCAGUAUGUCGGCAGAUCAUGAAACUCUCGCUGCACAGCUUGAACAGCGUCUCCUCUUCAUCUCACAUCUCAAUCUUUAUACUGUUUGGAUCUUUUAAAUUUAUUUUUCAAUCCGAAAAUUGAAGUUGACGAUGGAAGAGGUUAACGACAUGCGGAGGCAGGUAACCGCCAAGCUCGAAAAUGCGAUACUGGCUCUGCAAAGACAGCUCGCGACGAAUAUUUUUGCCAGCAAUCUGUUUCACGACGACGGUCCGCCUCCAGCAGAGCGUACUCAGAAGUUGGAAAUCCAUCCAAAUACGAUUUUUCUUUAGGCCAGCAACCUUUGCUCGUUCAAGAACCGACAGAAGAGAAGGCUGGAAGCUCUCAAGAGACGCAGGAAGAGAGAGAGGAACCGAACAGAAUGAGUGUGGCUUCUGUACUUCUGAAGGCCGUUGAUUUCGAAGUAAGUUUUGUCAAGUUUUUAAAUAAUAUCUUUAACAAUAUUUUGCCAGUUUUUAUCAGGAUAUUAUCCUUAGUUUUUUUUUUCGAGUGCUGAAUAACCGUUUUCAAGUAUAACCCAAUCACGGCUAACUUGGGACGCACAAAGGCGUCGCCUCUCUGCGCUCUCAAUCAACCAGGCACUGUCUCUUUUCUUGUCGUGGCAGGACCCUUUUUUCGAUGGCUCAAGCUAGCCGUGAAUCAGCUAUACUUGCAUAGAAAUAUCGGGGUCAGGUAACAAAAGUAUAACGAGGAUAUACGUCAAAAUGGAUCAGGAUGGUAAAAUAGUAUGUUCAUCGUCAUACCUCCGGUAUAUACUUCAGCAAAAAGCUCUACCGGGAGUGCUGAAUGGUAUACUGCCAGUCUAAGUCUAUUGGUUACGGAAUUGAAAUUAAACAGACAAAAAAAAUAGCUUUUGUAGUCCAAAAAUGGGCGCUCUGAUCUUUGAUUAAUAAAAUGUGUUGUAUUGUAGAGCACUGAAUGCACAAGUUCAGCACCAGAAGACCUUCUUCUCAUUGCCGAAUCUGAUAGACACAUAAAAACAGAAGGUUGAGUUCCGUUUCGAACUCUCAACUAUUUCAAUCUUUUCAGAACCUCAAAGACUUUCUACUGGAUCUCAUGGAUCACUCAGGUUUUUUUUUGUAAAGUGAAGUUAGAAGAUUAAUCUAUUUAGCCGUUACGAUACUCGAUACCCAGACCGUUCGACCCUCGAAGCUCUGGAGACUUCCAAAAACGCAGACGUCCGUUUUUUUUUCACUAAAAACCCAGUUCGUUUCUUUUUCAGGUCAGCCGAUCUUCACUUGGGCGGUCUUCGCUCGAUUCCAGCUGGGCCAAAAGACUUCAGGAAAAGUUUAAUACUUCUCUUUUUGGAGAUGAAGAUCUACUUAACUUGUCGCAGUUGAAAGAUAGUCUGCCUACAGUAAGAAUUUUUUUUAAUUUUGUAAAAAAUAGCGUUUUAAGAUGAAAGAUGAAAAUGAUGCUCAGAAAACGGAAGAUUUGGAAGAUCUUUCUGCAGAAAAGUUAGCUCCGAUCGUUGAGGUCACGGAGACAUCCAAACCUCCAGCAGCUCAAGCUCUGGCCGACGCAAUGAAUGCCAGUAUCGGAGACGAUUCCAGCUUCCUUUUGCAAUCGGUUUGCAAUUUCUUCUAUCAAUUUGAGAAGACCUUGUUUUGAGGACCUGACUACUUUCCAGCCGACUAAACUAGAAUCGAAAACGACGGUGGAAGUUUCUCAGAGAGGUUAGACAAGUUUUCGACCUUUGGGAUAGUUAAUUCUUUUUGGUAUAAAAAAAAGUAAAAAUUCCUACCAAAGUUUUUUUCUGGGCUCAAAGCAAGAUUCAUGCUCUCUUCAUCUCAUAGUUUGAAACGCAUAUUUGCCCAUUUAUCUAGUUUUCAGAGUAGUUCCUCUGCUGAAACAAUUGAAGAGUUUUUCAUCGGUCCGCGAAAAUUUCAUUGAUUAAAAACAGCGAGCAAAACAUUCCGCCCUUCUUGAGGUAGUGGUAGACGAGUUUUGAGCGUUUCGAAAAUCAGCUGCGUCGUUAUGUAGAAACAGCACGAGCGCAGCUCGUGUACGGCCGGCUGGCGUCAGAUUAAAUCUUAGAAGAGAACCGAAAUGAAGACCUACCACUCGGAAAGUAGAAAUUAGAUUUUAAAAGGGAUAAUUCUUAAUGCUGCCCCGUCAGAAAAGGAAAAGACGUUUUUUUAAUCACAUUUUUCUUGUAUGGAGAAUAAUCUUUCUGAAACCUUCUGUAGAUUGAGAGAACUUUUAUUAGAAACAUUGAUGGAAUUUCAUAUCGCAGAAAAUUAAAGUUCAGUUUAGAAAGUUUCAAAAAUAUUGAGCUCCAUUCAAGGAAGUUGUGAGAGAAAAAAUUUUCGUACCUUUUCCGACGGUACUGUAUAUAUAUAUAUAUAUAUUUUUUACAGAGUUCAUCUACAUCUCAGAGGAUGAGACUCAAUCGGAAGAAUUUACGUUAGAAGAGCAUCUGAAAAGCGAAGAAUUCCUUGGAACUACUGUGAGUAUUCAAUUUUCAACAUUUCCCGAAAUGAAGCUUUUGCAGGGUAUGUCGCUCGCAAUCAAGGCCUGGGAUCAGAGGAACGAAAUCCAAGGUAAGGACUUCGUCUCUGUGAGGAACCUCGUCCAGCUCCCGACUUUUGAUGGGCUUUCUACAGAAGACCAAGAAAUCGUCGAGUCUUUCACGUUUGUCAUUAUUAUUUUUGAAGUUUUUCAUUCAUUUCUAAAAAAAAAAUUUCUGCUUUUCGUAAAAAAAAAAUCUUUAUGUUGUGUUCAAAGGGAUUCCGCAAAAUUCAAAAUAGCCGUCAGUUAGUAGAAAAGAUAACUAAAUUUUGUAGAGUUAGACAUGAUUUUGAAUUUCGCGGAAAUUGCUUUUAACAGGACAUUAAAAAGUAGGACACAGCAUAUUUGAAUUGAUCUUUGAGAUUGAUAGUUGAGUUUUCGCUAGACAGUAGUUUUUUUCAUUUACUGCUGAGUAAAAAUCUUGAAUCUUAACCAUACGUCGGCUGGAUCCCACCCCGGAGUGCGGCUUACCCCCCAAAAAGUGCGGCCUACUUGAGUACAUUCUCAAAUUUUUUUUUCGCGCGCAAAAAGCUGGGGUGGGAUUCAGCCGAUGUAUGAUCUUAAAACUAUCAAUAAAAGGUUGGUUACUUUUUUUACGAAGUUAGCUGUUAAUUUUAUGUAGAUCUCUCUCUCAAAAACUUCAUUUUACAUAAUUACUUUUUUUCAGAAUGCGCAUUUGGGGCUCUUUAGCCGACCUAAUCAACGAAAAAUUCAUUUUGGUAAUUAUCAGAAGCUAUUAUGAAGUGCGUAGUAAUCUCAUAGGCUUCUGGCGAAGAGAACAAAGCCGUCUUCCUGAGAGACGCGAAGGAGAUGAUCCAAGAAGAGUUUGGUGAGCGCGACGUCGAGUGGCAUCAAGGUUCCAAAUCAAAAUUUCGAAACUUUUAGGUAAAUUUUCGUUUCAGAGCUUCGUGUUUGCGACAGAAUGACGAGACUCGGACUUCUCCGCGUCGAUUAUCGCUUCGAUGCACGGGCCAGUGUCCCAGAAGAGGAUCGUUCUGAUUUUCAUAGAGGUCAACUAGAAAGUGACGCUUUUUGGCAUUUGUACCAUCCCAAACAAACGGUAGUUCUUUCCAAAAAGUUAGUGAGCGAAUGUCCAUUUCUGCAGGAGCACGCUCUGAAGAAACUCGCCAUCGAAACUGGAAGAAGACCCAUCGGUGGGAUUUGAACCGAAACGACCAAUUUCAUUUAUCUCUCUCGCAUUGUUUCUUGUACCAUUCAUAAAGUUUGCUCUUUUAUUUUGUGUUAUCAUUUUCUUUCGGUUCACCCAUGGCCCAUAUACUGCCUUUCUAUACUGAAAAGAAAGCUACUGAGAUUUUUGGUUUUUUUUUUUUUGAGAAUUGAGUCACUCGAUGGUACACCAAUAGCUUCGAAUUUGCAUAUCUUGAAGAAAGUUUAAUAACUCCGUUAUUUUGACUGUGAAAAUUUCAUCUGUGAACGGAAGAUAGCGUUAGUCAAAAAUGGUUCUUAGCAAGGCGCUCAAAUUUCUGAAUUUUUCGUUUGAUGGAACUUUUUGAUUCCAAGGAAAUUUUUACAAGAGAAUUAGUUAUAGCUGUUAUCAUCGAUAGCCUUUUUAUAAAUAUAGCAAAAUCAGAAUAUCACUCACGCACCUUUUUACUUAUGACUUACCCUUUUUUUCAAAAUUCCUUCUAACGAUAAAUUAUUGACUUAAGCUUGAGGUUGAAGGGACGGAGAUUGAACAGGGAACACGUAGUAGAGUUGAGACUAUAGAAAAUAUACAUCAUUCAUCGUUUGUCUUGAAGAGUUUCUGAAUGGUGAAAAAUUGCAUCGUUUGAUUCCCUUCUGCUGCAGGGCACCUGUACGACAAUGUUAAGAGAGCUUUCGAGUUUCCGGUUGACAGAUGCUAGAAAUGGACAAGAAAUGGACUCGAGAGAUGUUGCGGUUGCGGUGGAAAGUUUGGUCUCGCUGUUGGAAGCGGCAGUUCCUGGUGACGUCGUACUUCUGGAGAUGUCAAGAUCGCCUAUUUCUGUUCUUUCCGUCAUCGCGUUGGUUUUACUCUUUGCGAACAUAAUUGCUGCGAAGCCGCUGACGUAUUUUCUGUGUUUCAGCUGUUUGAAGCGUCAAAUCUCCUUCACAUUUUGCGGAGAAAUGAACGGACCUCCUGUGUUCAAUUGUCGUUUUGACGGCCACCAAGUUAGAAUUUUUACUUAAUAGUCGGAGAAGACGACGUUUCAGUUUGAAAGGUUGAAGUCUGCUCCUGUAGUUUCGGCAGGGGAUGACUACAUCUGCUAUUCAAUCACGACGUCGGGCACAACUGGAAAGCCAAAACGGGUCGACGUACCCUUAUCUUGUAUUCAAGAGAACAUAGAAGACUUUGUGUUAGUUUAAGGAAAAAUAACACAAGAAUCUCGAAAAAAAGACCCCCAAAACAGAAAUUUCAAGAGAAUUAAAAAAACGAUAUUUAAAACAUUUGAAAAGUUUGAUUCAUUCCGAAAGGCACUCCAAUAAUCAUCAGCAAUUAACAAAAAGGUUUAGCACCUCAUUGGCGACUUUUUAGUGUUAAGUCGGUCAAAUAAAUAAAGAAAAAAGUGCUAAAUGGGCAUUUUUUGAAAUUCAUUUUUGCUGAGUUUUACUUGAUAGUGUACUUGUCAAUCUCAAAAUAUUUGAAUGUAAAAACGGAAAGAAAAAUGAGGCUCGUGGAAAAAUUCCUAGUUAUCCACGGCAUCAUUCGGAAUGAGACUGUUGCGGUUCGCUUGUCUAUUCUGUUUUCGAGAUUCUUUUCUUCAGCUCAUCAUCUGGCCAUUCUUCCCCAAGAUCUCUAUAAGCAUAAAAAAAUAAAACCAAAAUUUUUCCAGAAAGCGGUUCACGAUAACUUCUGCGGACACAAUUCUCUGCUCAACAAGUUUCUCUUUCGAUCCCAGCAUCAUCGAGAUGUUUUUGAGUUUUUGCGUCGGCUGUCGACUUGUUCUCGUUCCCGACGAGUUCCGUUCGAAUCCUUCUGAGUUGGAAAAAACCAUUCGCAGUUUCCGACCUUCGAUUAUUCAGGUACGAAGAAAUGGAAUAUAGAUUUACUUUUAAAAAAAUUCAGUUGACUCCUGCGGUUUUCACAAUGCUUUCCAGUGAUUGCCUCCGCUUCAUCUUUGAUGAAAGUUCGCCCUUGAGGAUUUUGUUACUUGGUGGGAUGCCCUUUCCAUUAGACUUCUUUCGUCGUCAUUUUCUCGGCAACCCUAAAAUAAGGUUUAUACUUCUCCACUUGAAAAAAUGGAUGAUUUCGCAGAGUUUUUGAUGUCUACGGGGUCACAGAGGUGUCUUGUUGGGCGACGGUCGCCGAAGUUUUUUCCGAGUUUUUCUGACUGCCUUGAGAACUUCUUGAAUGUUAUUUCAGAACAACGGAAGUCUUCGUCGGCGACGCUAUCAGGGGAACUGAACUCACUCUCGCCGUAGACAAUCAAAUUACUUUAGGUUAAUUGACUUGUUUCUUUAAACGUCGCUACCAUUUUUCACUACUUCGAUCUAAACGAAGAAAAAAAUAUCUGUUUUUUUAAAUUAAAACUUUUUAAACUAAGUUUUUUUGCGAGCGAAUCCAGGAGGAACGGAACUCGGUGGAAAGUAGAGCCUAAGAAUUUAUUGAGAGACUUUCUGGGACGUGAGAAAAUUUUAUUUGGAACUUUCUCGCUUCAAAUUUCCGAUUUUUGUUCGCGAGUAAAUAAGAAAUUGUCGAAUUUGAAAAAUUUAACAAGUAUGCUACUGAAAAGUUUUACUUUGUAGGCUUUUUCGAACUAUUAUGAACAUCAAAAAUCUUUUUUUUUCAUCCAAAUUUUUUCGGGAAUAAAAUUAGUUCUGAAUUCUGAAAAAGAAAAACAACUUUUUUGCAUCUCUUGUCGAAUUCAGGAGGUCGUCGGAAGUGUUUUAUCGACGGUUCGUUACAAGAGAAAUCUUUUUGCACUGGCGACGUCGUUGAAGUUUCUUCUUGUGGUCGGUGGCGGAUUAUUGGCAGAGCGGAUCAUCAGGCACAACAUUUUUCUUUUCUUCACCUUUUUCCGAAGCGGCUGUCCACUUAAAAGCACUGAUUUUCAAAAAGAAUUGAAAUUAAUGAAAACUUUAUUGAGAAAAUAUCCUUCAGUUUUCUUCCACCUACUUUGAAUUAAUUUCGAUUUCAGGUCAAAAUCAACGGGAUCCGAACAAAUCUCUCUCAAUUGUCGCACUACGUCAAGGCUGUCGAUCAAGUCAAAGAUGCUCAUUUCAUUUCUUAUCGCUCAAAAUUCCUUGUUCUUUUCGUCUCUUUGCACAAAUCGCGCGAAAAAAGCUUAGAAUCGAAGAUUCGACAGGUUUUUUAUCUAUUUUUUUUUAUUUCUAUGAAAAUAUCAUGUAGAACAAACCGUGUUCAUUUUUUUACUCAUAAUUUAAGGUUCUGCCGAAGAAAAUUACCCCAGCGCACAUAUAUCACGUUUCUGAAUUACCGAUUAACAGAAAUGGUGAAUAAGUACAAAAAUGGUAAUCGAACGAAUUUUUUCGAGGGAAGGUUGACGAAGUCGCUUUGACUCACUUGCUCGAGAAAAGGAUUCGGAACAUAAAUUCUUUUUGGGACCGCUUGAACUCCAUUGCCGGGAUCAACUUUCGGCAACAAACGAUAUCGCAAAACAAAUCUUUCGUGCAAUAUGGUGAUUUUUUUAAAAAAAUUUAUAAGCAUUUUUUUUGAAAAAGCUUAUUGGGCAAAUUAUUGAAAAAAAGUUUCCAGAAGCUCUGAAAUCUUUAUGAAUUCAAGUGAUAACAGAAAAAAUUGGAAAGUUUUCGUUUAUUUUAAUUCGGCUGGCUUUCAUCCAAAACUUGAUAUUGAAAACGUCACUUAUGGUUGCGUAAAACCAUAAGUGGUAUAAGGAUUAAAAGUUUUUUUAAAAUCCUUUUUUUGAUGUUUUAAACGUGCUUUUUUGGAAAAAAAACGCCAGCAAAAAUGGAAAAGAAAAAGCCAGAAAAAAAAGAGAAAAAUUGGAUCAUUUAGAACAUUCAUUGAAUCGAAACUUGAAAGAUUUGAGAAAAUUUGAUGUAAAUGAGAAUCACAGGCGUCGAUUCCAUGUUAGCAGCUGAACUGGCAAUGUACGUGAAAGACGCUGGAGCAAUUGCCGAGAUUCUGGACCGGAAAAGGACAAUUCGCGACUUCACUAGUAAGCACGGCUUGGAACUGAGAACGGACUCGCAUGAGCCGAAAGAGAAUCCUUCGAAACCGAUAGACACAAGUACGAGGCAUGUCAGAGUUUCUCGUCGUCCACAGCCGCCGAUUGUUUGGGCUCACAACAUGCGAAAGUGCAUCGACGGCACUCCGCUUCUUCACAGGUUUAUUGCUCGUUAUUCUUUUUUCCAAUUAGAAGAUUCUAGGCGAAACGGCAAAGAUUUUCUCAUUGCUGCAUCGCACGCCGGAUACAUUAUUUGCGUGGAACCAAGCACAGGAAAACUUAUCUGGACAGUAAGUUUUCUUUUUUCGAUACUUUUCCAUUCUAUUUUGGUCUCAGAAACUAUCUGAAGUAGAGCUACGAGAGCCAUUGAGUUUUUUUUUCUCAUACGACUCAUUUUGAGACCUUGCUGCGGCUUGAUCCGUUUCGUAGCUAAGCUCUUUUCAGCUUAGUUAUAGAAGUUUUUAAACUCCGUAUUCAAUAACUACUUUUUGAAGAAAUUAGUAAAGCUAUGAUGAUUGAUGAUGAUGAACUCUCGCUCGUCGGAAUAUCUAGAAAUUUUUCAUUUUUUUAGAAAGAUAUCGAUGAAAGAAUUCAAGCGAGUCCGAUUUCUAUGAAUGACGACGUCGUCGUUGGUUUUGAGCACAAGUUGAUUGUUGGAUAUAAAUCAGUUUUCCAGGUUCCUUCAUCGGUCGUGUUCAUUCCUAUCGAGCUGCUACUGGGGAAAAGUCGUGGACAAAGAAAUUUGGAAAAUCCGUUUGUUUUAGAAAACAAGGCACUACAAUAAAAGUUCGUGAGUUCAGAUAAAAGCCGCCUGUGCUUAUGAUUGGAAUUCGACAGUAUAUGUGAUAAACUACGACAAUAAUCUCUAUGCUUUCUCUUCCUUGGCAAUACUUCUCAAUGUUUUAAUUUUUGUCUCUGUUAAAUUCAGGAUGGCGACUGCAAGUGGGCGCGAAAUAUUAACGGGGGCUCGCCGGCGGGUCCUUUGGUCCUUUCGAAAAUGGGAAUUUCGGUGCUUCUCACGACUAUCCACGGACAAGUCUCUAGAUACCACGUAUGUCAAAAUGUUCUUCAAUGAGAAAAAAAGACUAGAAACUCAGGGCCCGGAUGGAAUCGUUCUGUGGAGCAUCGAAACCGGAAGAUCUAUUUUCUCACAAGCCGCGAUGGCCGAAGAUGAGGCGACCGCCUUCGUCGCUUCUACCGACGGAUUUCUCAUGGCUUUCGACGUUGAGAGUGGCCAAAAAGUUGGUGAUAAUGUUUUUGAAAGAUUUCUGUGUCAAUCUAUGAAAGAAAAUUCGAGUCCGCAAUAUCCACCAAUUAAAGUUUGGAAACGUAAGCCCACAGAAAAAAAAAGUCUAGGAAAAAAAGCCUUCAAGUUUUUUUUCUGAUAACUUUAUUAAGAUUCAUUUUCCCCCCGACGAUUCUGAUUUCCCUGACUAGUUUUCAUUUUAUUUUAUCUGGUUCAUUUUUUUCGUUUUCUGUGAUUAAAAGUAGGGCAACUGUACUUUUCGAGAUUGGUAUUGAUGUGAGCGAUAUUUCGAAUUUUUCAUGUUUAGGACAGUUCAAAGGAACUUCUUUGCGCUCAAACUAUCCACAAACUGAGAUUUUUACUCUUAUAACGAGUGGGGUUGACCAAAAGAUGAGUUGAUGAGUUCUAUUUUCAAGUUACUCGUGAGUCGAGAAGAAAAGGUAAUGGAUCGAUGCUUUGAAAGCUGUUUUUCAGAUCUCAAUCGACAUUUCUGAGCCGGUAUUCGCCUCACCGACGGUUGUGAACUCGGAAACUCUUCUGGUCGCUACCAACACGGGAUAUCUGCUCAUUAUCAGCAUUUCUCCGUUUGAAGUCAAGAGGAGGGUUCAUUUUCAUGGAUAUUCGUUUGUCCAAUCGCCGCUGAUCAUGGAGAACAAGAAGCUUUGGCUGACGGCAGUGGAGGGUUUCCUUCUGGAGUUCGACUGGCAACGGGGAGCCUCGGCCGUGGCGAUUCCUAUCUGCAACACGAGCUUAUUCUCAAAUCCAGUCCAGUGCGGAUCGCUGCUGAUCGUGGCGAGUCGCGACGAUUGGCUCGUUGCCUUCGACUUCUGCGCCUUCUGA